AUGCCGCCUCCUUGGGCAGUUUUUAUGAGCUUUAAUGAUUAUACCAUACAUCUCAGCGACAUCUUUAAUCCUUGGUCCUCCUCGGAGUCAUCUCACAAAACCAUUGCUCUGCCUCCAUUCCCUGAUCACAUCGCUCCUCAUUCCGGUGAGGUCAUAUAUGUUUCCUUGUCCACUCUUUUUCUGGACCACGACGAUGAUUAUAUAGUGAGUGUCACCUUCUUUGGAUCUAAACUUAGUUACUGCAUGCCUAAUGGUUAUUCGGAGUGGACCAACAUCAACAUCCCUUUCUCCUACGACAUCGACCCCCAUGUCGUUUAUUCUCGUAAAGACCAAAUGUUCUACCUCCUCACUACAGGAUGUGCCUACAUGGUUCCCUUGGAUCUCAAAAACAAUAGGAACCCUAACUUUAUGAGGUUACAGUUUGAGAACUUCCCUUUGAUACCACAGCACGAGUGGGAGGUAUUGGCUUCAUGUUUACGGAGUGAUUAUAUAGCGGAGUCGUCUUCUGGCGAACGUUUCAUUGUUCAAUGGUAUGUCGAGCCAAGGAGACUUUGGUGGAACAGAGCUAGAAUAAAUGAAAAAACCAAGCGAUUCAUGGUGUUUAGGAUAGAAGACGAGGCAAAACACCAAGGAAGAAGAAUAAUCGCUACCUUUACAGAGAUCUUUGCAUUUUCAUUGGAGACAAUUCUGUUUAGAGGCAAGCAAGUUUUCUGA